UGAUUGAGUAUUCGCUCUCUUUUGUUAUUUAAGUGGUAACCGCAGAGAUAAUUGUUGUUGUUGGCCAACUGGUUGAGACUUGAGUGAUAACGUUGUUUGCGGUGAGCGAUUGGUGUGAUAUAAAAUUCCUUGUGAAAAAACAUUCCAGCGAUCCGAGGCCGCAUAAUCACUAGCAAACCGAAGUUCCAUAAGCAGCACGACCCAAAAUGGCGUUCUUCCAAAUGGGUUCCCACACGCACUCGAUUCCGAUGACGCUGUUCCGGGACAAUCGACUGAAGGUGGUCAACGAACUGCAGCGCGCGCACAACUUCGGCGGCAAUGCUAACCCCAUCGUGCUGCUCCAGGGUGGCGAUAACGUGAGUCACUACGACACCGACGUGGACUACGUGUUCCGGCAGGAAUCGUACUUCACGUAUCUGUUUGGCGUAACCGAGCCGGGAUGCUACGGAACCGUCGAACUGAACACCGGACGUGCCACGCUGUUCGUCCCGCGCCUGCCGGAAGAGUACGCCGUCUGGAUGGGUCCGCUGCUCGGGCUUGCUGAUUUUAGGAGCAAGUACGAGCUCGACGCCGCGCACUACACCGAUGAGAUGCCUAAAAAACUUGCUGAUAGCAAACCGUCGGUGCUUUUACUGUUGAGUGGACCGAAUUCCGACAGCGGAUCGGUGGCCAAGCCGGCUUACUUCAAAGGCAUCGAAAGCUUCGUAGUGGACACCGAUAUUCUUUUCCCGGUCAUAGCGGAAUGCCGUGUCGUCAAGUCUCCUGCCGAGAUAGAGGUCUUGCGCUACGUCGCCCGCGUGUCUUCAGAGGCGCACAAAGCGGUCAUGAAGACGCUCAAGCCGGGAAUGCACGAGUAUCAGGCUGAGGCUGAGUUUCUGCGGUAUUCGUACGCCGUCGGCGGUUGUCGCCACGUGUCGUACACAUGCAUCUGCGGCGCGGGCACCAACUCGGCCAUUCUGCACUACGGCCAUGCCGGUUCGCCGAACGACUGCGCGAUUCGCGAUGGUGCCAUGUGCCUGUUCGAUAUGGGUGCCAACUACGGUGGGUAUGCGGCCGACAUAACGUGCAGCUUCCCAGCGAAUGGCAAAUUCACCGACGACCAGAAGAUUGUCUACAAUGCCGUGCUGGCUGCCCGGGAUGCUGUCUGCGGGGCGGCCCGUGAAGGCGUGUCGUGGAUCGACAUGCAUCUGCUGGCCAACCGGGUCAUGCUGCAGGAACUGCGGGCCGCCCAGUUGCUGCAGGGGGACGUGGAUGAGAUGAUGGAAGCCGGACUGAAUGCCAUCUUUCAACCGCACGGACUGGGCCACUUUCUGGGGCUCGACGUGCACGAUGUGGGCGGAUAUUUGCCAGGCUGCCCAGAACGCUCGACCCGUGCCGGAACCAAUCGCCUCCGGACGGCGCGUACACUCAAAGCGGGAAUGUACCUUACCAUCGAGCCCGGCUGUUACUUCAUAGAACCGCUGCUCAACAAAGCAUUCGCCGAUCCGAAUUUGAGCAAAUUUCUAGUGAAGGAAAACCUGGAAAGAUUCCGUGAAUUCGGCGGAGUACGCAUCGAGGACGAUGUGCUUAUUACCAAGACGGGCAUUGAGAACUUCACGCUUGUUCCGAGAACGGUUGAAGAAAUCGAAGCCUGGAUGGCCAAGUAGGACCAACAUGGGACGGAUGGGGUGUUUUAUUUACGUGUCCCGAGCCAAUUUAAUAUUGUCAAGUGGCGACCGGUUCACUGUCUAUUGGCCAUCAAUCAACAAAAAGCGCAAUGCGUUCGUAUCAAUGCGUUCUUCAGUCUAUGGUCUAUCAAUAAAGUAUAUAUUUCUUGCAUA